GUCUGUGGUGCUACGACUCGCUCAACCUCCAGGUCUCACCCGCCGCGUGUAGUGGCCACAACCUUCCUCUGCACACACAGCAACAGCAGCCACCCGCUCUGAGCUUCCUCACCUGUGGACUGGAGUGGUAUCCACCAGGCUGGGAAUGGAAGUCCAAUGAUGAUGGAGGUCAGUACGAGUGCCCCAAAGGCACGUAUCAGACGAUGGAAGACAACCCACAAUGCAUGCCUUGUCCAGCUGGACACUUCCAGAACAGGACCGGACAGGUCAGCUGCACUUCCUGUCCUGCUGGACACUUCCAGGACCGGACAGGACAGGUCAACUGCACUUCCUGUCCUGUGGACACCUAUCAAGAAAGCAGUGGCCAGCCAGCUUGCAUCCCGUGUCCUGAGGGGGAGGUCCAGCCAGUGCCGGGGAGCACCGCGUGCCGAGAGUGUCCUGAUGGCGAGUUUCAGACCCACGACACACAGCGGGCCGGUCAGCGCAUCUGCAGCGUGUGCCAGCCAGGAUCCUACCAGGAUCAGCCAGCUCAAGUAUCCUGCCAGACAUGUCCUGAUGGAACGAGCACAUCUAAUGCAGCCGCCAAACACCUCGACGACUGUACAGCUUCACCAAACGCCUCCUACACGGUGGCCGUUGUCAUGACCUACACUCUGACAGUCGAAUGCACCGACGACAAGGCGAAUGAGGUGAAGCUGGCCAUCGUCACACAGAUUCGUGACCACAAGGGCGCACUGUCAGACGUGUGUCUGGGCGUCACGUGCUCCAACGCUGUGGUGAAUGCCUGGUGUCACCAAGUUCACUCCAUCGAGUCCAACGUUGACUUUAUGUACCUCACCAAAUAUGAGAUAGAGUCAUCUAACGACACUGCAGAUAUAAACAUGACCUCAUUUGAAGAGAAACUACAGGACAAAAUCAACGAAAGCCAGAUAUUUCAGACGAUUUCUGUAGCAUAUGCAACUUUAGACUCUCUUUCUGUUGAGAAACGUGUAGAAGGUGUUUGUGGGCCUGGUUUUCACUAUUCUUCAUUGCUGAAUGCAUGCGCGAAGUGUCCAGCAGGCUCGGUGUGGAAGUCCUCUGAUGCUGGAGGUCAGUGCGAGGAGUGCUCCAAAGGCACGUAUCAGACCGUGGGAAGCAGCUCACAAUGCAUGCCUUGUCCAGCUGGACAAUUCCAGGACCGUACAGGACAGGUCAACUGCACUGUUUGUCCUGCUGGACACUUCCAGGACCGGACUGGACAAGUCAGCUGCGCCUCCUGUCCAGCUGGACACUUCCAGGACCGGACCGGACAGGUCAAUUGCUCUGCCUGUCCAGCUGGAUACUUUCAGAACCGAACUGGACAGCUCAGCUGCACUUCCUGUCCAGUUGGAUACUUCCAGAACCAGACGGGACACAACAUCUGCACUUCCUGCCCAGCUGGACACUUCCAGAACCAGACCGGACAAUUAAGCUGCAUUAUGUGUCCAGCGGGACACUUCCAGGACCGGACCGGACAGGUCAGCUGCAAUUCAUGUCCUGCUGGACAAGUCCAGGCCCAGAAUGGACAGGUCAGCUGCACUUCAUGUCCAAAGGGACACUUCCAGAAUCAGACUGGACAGGUCAGCUGCACUUCCUGUCCAGUUGGACACUCCCAGGACAAGACCGGACAAGUCAGCUGCACUUCCUGUCCAGCUGGACACUUUCAGAAUCGAACUGGACAGGUCAGCUGCACUUCCUGUCCAGUUGGACACUCCCAAGACAAGACAGGACAAGUCACCUGCAUUAUCUGUCCUGUUGGACACUUCCAAGACCGGACUGGGCAGGUCAACUGCACUUCAUGUCCAGCUGGACAAGUCCAGGACCAGACCGGACAAGUCAGCUGCAAUUUAUGCCCAAAUGGACACUUCCAGGAGCAGACCGAACAGGUCAGCUGCACAACCUGUCCAGCUGGACACUUCCAGGACCGGGUCGGACAGGCCACCUGCAAUUCAUGUCCAGCUGGACACUUCCAGAAUCGGACUGGACAGGUCAGCUGCACUUCCUGUCCUGCUGGACAAUUCCAGGACCAGACAGGACAGGUCAACUGCACUUCCUGUCCUGUGGACACCUACCAAGAAAGCAGUGGCCAGCCAGCGUGCAUCCUGUGUCCUGAGGGGGAGGUCCAGCCAGUGCCGGGGAGCACCGCGUGCCGAGAGUGUCCUGCUGGCGAGUUUCAGACCCACGACACACAGCGGGCCCGUCAGCGCAUCUGCAGCGUGUGCCAGCCAGGAUCCUACCAGGAUCAGCCAGCUCAAGUAUCCUGCCAGACAUGUCCUGAUGGAACGAGCACAUCUAAUGCUGCCGCCAAACACCUCGACGACUGUACAGCUUCACCAAACGCCUCCUACACGGUGGCCGUUGUCAUGACCUACACUCUGACAGUCGAAUGCACCGACGAGAAGGCGAAUGAGGUGAAGCUGGCCAUCGUCACACAGAUUCGUGACCACAAGGGCGCACUGUCAGACGUGUGUCUGGGCGUCACGUGCUCCAACGCUGUGGUGAAUGCCUGGUGUCACCAAGUUCACUCCAUCGAGUCCAAGGUUGAGUUUAUGUACCUCACCAAAUACGAGAUAGAGUCAUCUAACGACACCGCAGAUAUAAACAUGACCUCAUUUGAAGAGAAACUACAGGACAAAAUCAACGAAAGCCAGAUAUUUCAAACGAUUUCUGUAGCAUAUGCAACUUUAGACUCUCUUUCUGUUGAGAAACGUGUAGAAGGUGUUUGCGGGCCUGGUUUUCGCUUUUCUUCAUUGCUGAAUGCAUGCGAAGCCAUGGACACUCCAGAACAGAAGGUGGGAGUUAUAGUGGGCUGUGUCAUCGCCUUUAUUGCAGUCCUAUUCCUCUCCAUCAUACUAUUUAAGUUAUCUAGGCGGUUCUAUCCAGCUCACCAGCUUAUAGGAAAGGGAGACAAAGUGAUUUUUCCCGAGUCUCAGGCGCAGGAGAUGAAGUCAGUAUCGGGAGAAAUGUUGGAAGAAAUUCCUGGUGAAAAAAUAGAGGGAGACCAUUAUGAGCACAUCAAAGAACCAGAGAGUGUCCAUUACGACAUUGUUGCAAGCACGUAGCCAGCCAUGAGGCAGAGGUCCAAUUUUUCUUCAAGUCACAUGGACACAAUGAUGUCAUUGUCUGCCUUGGUAAUAAGGACAUCAAGCCUGCUUUAUCUGUGACAUUUCUUGAUGCUUCUUUGUGCCACUGCAUUUGAAAUCAGUUGUUUCCUCCUGCCUACCGUAGAAGAUUCUAGAUGUCCCAGAAGUAGAAAACACUACUCUUACUACGCUAGAAACACUUCUUAUAGUAAGAGGUAUAAUAAUGGCCUAAUCAACACUGGAAAUAUUUCAUAUAAUAAUGGCCUAAUCAACACUGGAGAAUAAUAGUCAGACAGACAUGUCCUGCAUGGGUGGAUAAUUAAUGAGCAUGUUUGUGGUAAGCAGAUCAAUAUCAAUUUGUGAUGUGAUCAGUCAAGUGUGAGUUUAUUGUACUUGCUUUUCUCCACUUUACAUUUGUGUGUAUAUAUAUAUAUGUAUGUUUAAGCUAAAGCAGGUACAUCUUUAUUACAAUAAAAUGGUACAUGACAUGGGUGAACAAUUGGCAAUGAAUAUAGCUUACCAUUAAAUAUUUUGGUUUGGCUAUUUGAGUACUGGUAUCUUAAUUUCAAAAAAGACUUGAACAAUGUAUGCUAAUCGGCUGGACUGUAAGUAGAUUUCUGUCAGUCACAAAAGACAGGAAGUGGUGUGAAAUAUGAACUAUUUUUGAUGUGGAUAAUUUAGACAAUGCAACACAGCGAAGAAGUACUCCUUGCAUUUGUUCUUUCCAAGAUAAAUGGCUUAUUAUUAAAAGUUAUGAUUACAUUUGUUGAACAUUGAUUUCAAAA